ACUGUGCUGACUGACCGAAAAGACGAUCUUGGUGGAAUAUUUCAAGUUAAAUGAAAAUAGUACAGGGAGAAGCGCAUGUUGAACAUACGUCCUCACGUUUAGACGUCACUAAGAUGUUUGUUCUUCGUCAUUUCAGAGUGCUAUGAUAGUUGGCUUGCUUACUAUAAAGUAUUUUGGGAAUAUGCCAAGCAGCACACGGAUACAGUUCUUGUCGUAAAAUAUGAGGACAUGCUGAAGGAUCCAGUGAACCACGUUCGUAAAAUUGCCAAUUUCCUCAGGAAACCUAUUGACCAGGUUCUCUGUGAGGCAAUUGCAGAGCAAUGUAGUUUUGAAAACAUGAAAAGGAACAAACAGACCCAUCGGGAGGCGGGCCCAGAAGGGGAGAGGAACACCAAGCCUGAACUCAAGAAAUGGCGCGACACGGCUUUCGGAAUGUAUAGGAAAGGAAAAGUUGGGGACUGGAAGAACCAUUUCACUGUGGCUCAGAACGAACGCUUUGAUGCACUUUACCAGGAACAGAUGAAAGGAUGUGACCUGACUGUUGACUACGAAGCUGAUUAACGACAGUUGACUAGUCAAUUUUUUUCUUUUUGUUUCCUUUUUUAACGCUAUCGCUGAAAAGGUAAAAAAGAAAAAAGUCUCCUUUAGCAUUAUCUGUCGGUAUGAAUAUAGCUUGUAGUUCUUUAUUAAGUAUACAAUCCAGUCGAAUUACACAUUUGCAUCACAAAAUCCAUUAUUUUGCUAGAUGAUAUGCUUUUAAGAAAGUUCUGAAGAUAAAUUGGAGUAAAUCUGAGAUGAAUUGAAUAAAGGAACAACUUGAUUAAAAAUCAAAUUCGUGGUUGAGCAAUGCCGCUGAAAAAAAAGCUCCAGGAUCAAUAAUUCUUUACAUGCAUAUCCAUGUACUUACUUAUUUUUUUACAUCUGAUAUUACUUAGCCAAGUUCGUUCGUUCUGAUUUAUAUUCUACUGUUAUUUAAUCUGUGCUGUGCUUUAUGAACGCUAUCUCGUUAGUGUUCUUUGUGUGUUAUGGUUAUGCCUUUACUCUGGUCAAAUGGUGAGUUUGAGAACAACAUAAUAUGGAAAAAAAUCGUGUGUAAAUCACUGUGAUUAUAUGUAAUAAAUAAUAAUAAGGUGAGACUGUAUACAAUUACGGACUUUAUACCAUUAUGCAACUGAAAUGUUGACUGUAACGAUAACCUGAGGUGAUAAAAAUAAUC